UAAACCGAACCAGAACGCCAAAGACGAAACACAUAUCCGCGAGUCGAGAGUAUCUAGUGAGAAAACAGAAGCAAGAUGAAGGUGUAUUUGUGCUGUGCGCUAGUGAUGUUGGCCAUUGUGGCCCUCGAGGCAUCACCCGUUGAUCCCGAGGCAGCGAUUGUGGAUCUUGCGCCCGAACCGCCGGUCAUCAAUCUGGAGGAUGCGGAAGUAGCGUACGCCGAGGGUCCCGACAGUGAUGCGCUUCGCGAGAAGCGCCACCAACGGUACGGCGGGGGUUACGGUGGAUACGGCGGAUACCGUGGAGGAUAUGGCGGUUAUGGGGGGUACGGGUACGGAGGUGGAUACCAUGGCGGUUAUGGCGGACGCCGGCACGGUUAUGGGGGAUAUGGUGGAUAUGGUGGAUAUGGUCGAGGAUUUGGUUUUUACUGAACCCGAACCGGCGAGGGACGCGAAGCGAAGAGUUCGAACGAAUAAUGGCAUCAAGUGAUAAACGAAACAAUAAACAUAAAUGUGAUUCGAAAUACCAU